UCUUGCAAAGGCUAUAAACUCCCUUCCCCUCCUUGCCCUACCCACUCCCACUGCCAAGAACACUGAACAGGAAGAAGUGUUUGCUCAGGGAUGCUGCCAAGAUAGAAAGACCAUGUAAAGAAGGAAUGACAGUGCUUGAGCAGAAGGAGCAUAUUCUCUGAAGGUUCCUCUGCCCACCACACCAAGCAUAAGGCCACCAGGAAGAUCCCCACCUGCAAACUAGGCCAGCCUUCCCAAGAGAGAGCAGUAUCUAAUUCCCACAGGCCUCCUCAUCACCUUCAUCAUGAACUGGCACAUGAUAAUCUCUGUGCUUGUCAUAGUGGUGCUUAAAAUUGUUGGAAUGACCUUAUUUCUGCUUUAUUUCCCACAGAUUUUUGGAGAAAGUCAAGUCAACUUCCUUCCCAGAGAGAGCUGUGAAACAGUUCCUCAGACUAUCGGGAGCAGUAAUGUCAGCUUAGUUCCCACAGAGAGCUCCGGAACAGUCUGCUCCAGAGGGUGGUAUUUUCAUCGAAGAAGAUGCUUUUUAUUGUCCCCUUUUGAACUGUCCUGGAACAAAAGCAGGGACUUUUGCAAAACAGAAGGAUCCACUUUGGCCAUUGUGGACACGCCAGGGAAACUGAAAUUUCUCCAGGACAAAACUGGUGCUGAGAAGUAUUUUAUUGGCUUAUACCAGCAAGCAAAGAACAGUUGGCAUUGGAUUGACAACUCCAUAUUCAAUGGCAAUGUUACCAAUCAACAUCAGAAUUUCAACUGUGUGACGAUAGGCCUAACAAAGACAUACGAUGCUGCGCCGUGUGACAUCAACUUCCGCUGGAUCUGUGAGAAGGCAGCCAAAUGAUUGCAGUUCUCUGUGGCCUCUGACAAGAAUGACAAAUAGGCUUUUGGAGAAAGCAAACAAUAUAUAAUUGGGAUUGGUCCAGGAAAUAUAGAAUAUCAAAUUAGUGUAUCAGUCUUUCACAGGUCACUGACAGAGCUCCCUAACAAAUUGCUCCACGGCCCCUCCACAAAUAUACUCGCAUACACACAACAGAGGCAAACUCCCCAUUCUGGGCCAGCAGCUCCCCCGAGGCUCCACUUCCUGUGUCACACCCAUGACACUUAGAUCUGCACCAGGCAUCUAGUCAAUGACCCAUCUAUCUAUGAUGAGAGGUCCUUGCCUAUGUAGGGAAAUGAUCUUCUGCUUUAGGGGACUGGGUGCUAGCCAUGUCCAGGAGACAGGGUCAUUUUAUGGAGACAACUCAGUUGAUAUAGUGACAAAGUCUGUUUCCACAGAACUGAGCAUUUUUGACUGAUCAACAGGGUUUAGGCUGUUGCCAGGUUCUGUUUUAUCCUCAAAGCACAUGCCCCUACUACUGAGGAGAAACUGCAGACUGAGCAGGUAAAAACAAUAUUUAGAGAGUAGCAGGGGCAGAAGAGAGAUAAACUCAGCUUCCUGACCGCACCUCUAUUCCCAAGGGACCCUCGUUCACAUGCUCCCCCAUCCCUACCUCAGGUGGGAUAGCAGAGGCCCUCCUCAGUCUGAAUUGAAGCCAGGCCCAGGGAAGGGUUCCUGGAGCCAAGGUUGGAGCAGAGAAAACAUUGUUCACAGGAAUGGACAGGGGUCUGGCCAGGUCAGGAAUCUCCCAGGAAUCCCUUUGAAAACCAGACAGCCAAGAUGACCAAGCAAACUGAUCAAUGUUUUUCAACAAAGCCCUGAAAAGACACUCAGGCUUAAAUUUUCCUGGUUUUGACCUGAAUCUCCAUUUUAGUAGAUUUUAUUACCUGACCAUGCUUUUUGAGUGUAUUUUAAGAAUUAAUAAUAGUCUCCUGGGCUCCAGUGGUCACAAGAUAUUCCUGCCUGCAGUUUAGAGAGACCCUGCUACCACGUACAGCCUUGUGACCAAAAGAUGUCACAGCCUUAUACUGUUGGCAUCACACCAACUUAGAACUGGUCCAGUUGACCAAGGAGUAAAAAAGAGGAGGACGACUCAAGGAAACAUAGGGUAUAGGCAAGAAGUAGGCAUAUAGUAGGGAGGGAACACCAGAGACAAAUGGAAAUCAUAUGCAGAAGGAAACAGAGUUCAUUUGGCCAUACUGGAAGAAAGGCAAGAAAAGUCUUGGGGCAUCCUGGCUAUUCUCAGCACUUGCAACAAAAUAUCAACCACAUACCCUCCUCAGUAAAUGGAAAGGAAAAAAGAGACACCUCUGUGUUUGGAGUAACAAGAAUUAAGCCAUAAUGAAGGACUGUAUUAAACUAAUGGAAAUUAUAGUCCUCUAAGUAAACUUCUCACCAUUUGUGUCUAAAAACAGCAUACCACAAUGACUGUGUAUAUCAUCAGAUGUAUGACAAAGAAAAUUAUUGUUGUAUUGUCUAUUACAGUACUAAGCUCUGUUCCUAUAUUCCUAGGCUUCAUAAUUUUUAUACAAUUAGCAUGGCCAUUGUAUAAAAUUUAUUUAUAUAUAAAAAUAUAAUUUUUAAAAAAUGAGAUAAUACAUUAAGUGUUAGAAGUUGCUUGAAGGAAGUUACCAGAAAUAAUUUGUGUUUGGGGUGCACUGGAUGUGGUAGUAGCAAGGAAUAAAGGCUACAGUUGAGGCAGGUGUUGGGGGAGAGGCUGAGUCUAUGGUAGAUAAAGAAAGAAACAGAAUUCUACACCAAAGGUAAGUCCCAGAAUCCAGACAACAGAAAGAAAACCACAACCCUUCUGUUUUGAGAAGGGAAGAUUAUGGUUGCCACACAUCCUGUUUUAUGACAGAAUACAUUUCAGACUUCUAUAGUCAGGAAAUGUAGACAUCUAGUAAUUUCCCCCAGGAUGAGGACAUACUUCUGUGAAAGUUCUAAAAAGAGGCCCAGUGGGCUGGGGUGGGAGUAGGGAGCAUAUAGGGAAUAUGGUCCCUUUGGUUUUAAAUUCUUUACUGGAGGGUGCAGGGGUUGCUGGUUCCUUAAGAAGGUAGAUAAAUGUGACCUUAUUGACUGCAGUAGUAUGAGGUGUUUUUGGUUUUUUUUAAAGCAAUGGAAAUUUAGUAAACCACUGGAUUAGAGUUUUUGACUUUGCUUCCAAUAUGUGAAUCUGUAUAGAUUUCUUACUCUUUCUGCCCCUUAAUUUCUUUAUUAUAAAACUUAUACAACGAGGCAGUAAUAACCCUCUCACAGAAUUCUUGUAUAUAUUAAAUAAAAUGCCCACU